AAAAGCUAUUGGGCUGAAAACUGCAAAGAAAAAGUUCAAGGUCCCAGCAGAGAAGAAUCCACAGCAAGGAACUCUCUGGCCACCGUUGCUGAAGCCCUGCGGGUCCUCUCCUGUCUCCUCUCCCCCACUAAGGGAUCAUCACCAUGGUGGCCACCUGCCUGCACCUGGCUGGAGUUGUCUGCAGCUUUGUAGGGUGGAUCGGGGUGAUCGUGGCAACAUCCACCAAUGACUGGGUGGUGACUUGUGGCUACACCAUUACCACCUGCAGGAAAAUGGAUGAGCUGGGAUCCAAGGGGCUGUGGGCAGACUGUGUCAUGGCGACGGGGCUCUACCACUGCAAGCCCCUUGUGGACAUCCUCAUACUGCCAGGGUAUGUCCAAGCAUGUCGAGCACUGAUGAUUGCUGCCUCUGUCCUGGGUCUUCCUGCUAUCUUCUUGCUGAUCACUGUCCUGCCCUGCAUCCGGAUGGGCCAUGAGCCUGGAGCUGCCAAGUACCGGCGGUCCCAGCUGGGAGGGAUCCUCAUCAUCCUCCUGGCCAUGUGUGGCGUCGUUGCCACCAUCUGGUUCCCCGUCUGCGCCCACCGCGAGACCACCAUCAUGAGCUUCGGGUACUCCCUCUACACGGGCUGGAUCGGUUCUGCCCUCUGCCUCUUUGGUGGCUGUGUCAUCGUUUGCUGCUCAGGAGAUGCCCAGACAUUUGGGGAGAACCGUUUCUACUACGGCUCAGGUUCCAGCUCCCCCACCCACGCCAAGAGCGCUCACGUGUAAAAGCGUCCCGGGGGACGUCCCACGGCUGCCGUCGGAUGCUCUGCCUGCUGGGUUUGGGUGCCCUGGGUUUGCUCCUGCUGACAGGCGCCGCUGUCGAGCUCCCAGGGGAAGAUUUAGAAAAGCAGCACAAAUGUCUGGUAGUUUGAAGCGUUAUUCUCCCCAUCUACUCCCCUCCUCCUUCUCUAGAAAAGAAAGCUCCAGCCAGCCCUACCUCUUGGUCCUCCCCCAUUUUGUCCUGACCACCUUGCCCCAUCUCCUCGCAGCUCGGAUGGUUUGGGGUUGUCGUGUGGGUUUUAGGGUGUUUUUAUUUUCUUUUCCGGCUCCCUUGAUUAUAGGAGAGUUUAAAGCAAGGAAACAGAAAUCAGAGAGAUACUUUCCUGUUGCUAGAAGGACUCUGGCAGCUUCUCCCACCAGGUUUUGCUUUCCCUGCUCAAGGUCACUGCUUUCGCAGGGUUUGGGUGAGAGGGUGGGGAGGAAGGCUGAACUCUCCAACCAGGCAAAUGUUUCUCUUUUGGAACAAGAGUAGGGGAUUUUUUUUCUGCCUUUCUUUGUAAAUACUUUUGUAUGAGUUUGAUCAUUUUAGUAACAGUAUGUUCCCCACCCCCACAGUCAUCAGUAUGAAGGAAACAGAACCCAAAGGUCCUAAUUUACACAGGAGAUAACAGUGCCUUUUUAUAUAGUUUUCAAUGACUUUGGGGGCUCUAAUCCCCGUGUUCCAGUUUGGUUUUGGUUUUUUUUUUUUUUCCUUUGUACAGUUCCAUUACUAAAAAUGUAUUUUUACAUUUUUUUUUAAACUCCUUGCUUUCUUCCUCUAAGUUUGUGUUCUGUCUUGCCUCAUUAAAGUAGCACAUUUUAACACGCAGUAUAACGUACCUGUUACAAUACAAUUCUGGUGAAUACUGAUGAUGCCUUUGUACUUUCAGUGAAAUACUGUACAAUAAAUAACAGAGUACCUG